CCCCGCUCCACAGAGGGGCCGCGCUCCUCCCCAGUCCUAGCUAAUGAGCUCGGCAUCUUGCAGGCAGGAGGCCCAGUGUGCGGGGUGUGAGUCCCCCAUUGCCUGCGGGAUGAGCUGCGGAGAGGGGGCUGCUGCGGCAGGCUGGCUGCUGACGCUGCUGCUCACUCUGGCGGCGGGCCGGGGCGCUGCGGCGCUGCUGCGGGGCAAUGGCUACGAUGGGCUGCUUGUUGCGAUUAACCCGCAGGUGCCAGAAGACCAGAAGCUCCUCGCAAGCAUCAAGGAAAUGAUAACUGAAGCUUCUUUUUAUUUGUUCAAUGCUACACAAAGAAGAGUCUAUUUCCAGAAUAUAAAGAUUUUAAUACCUGCAACAUGGAAAGCAAACAAUUAUGGGAAACCAAAACAUGAAUCAUAUGAAAAGGCAGAGGUCAUAAUUGCUGCUCCUUAUUGGAAACAUGGAGAUGAGCCAUAUACCCUACAAUAUGGAGAAUGUGGAAGCAUGGGAAAAUAUAUACAUUUCACCCCUAACUUCCUAGUAAAUGAUUAUUUGAUUGAUGUCUAUGGAUCACGGGGUAGAGUUUUUGUCCAUGAAUGGGCCCACCUUCGAUGGGGGGUAUUUGAUGAGUAUAAUAAUGAAAAGCCUUUCUAUAUAACUGGACAAAAUCAAGUUAAAGUUACAAGGUGUGCAGCUGACCUUACAGGGAUCUAUGUCUGUGAAAAAAAAUCCUGCACCGAAGGAAAUUGUGUCAUUAAUGAGCUGACGGGACUUUUUAAGGAAGGAUGUGCAUUUAUUCCUGAGAGAACUCAAACUGCAAAAUCAUCAAUAAUGUACAUGCAAAGCUUAUCAUCUGUUGUUGAAUUUUGUAAUGAAAGUAACCAUAAUAGAGAAGCUCCCAAUCUGCAAAACAGAAUGUGCAACUAUCGAAGCACAUGGGAUGUAAUAAUAAGCUCUAUGGACUUUAAUAACACGCUUCUAAGGACCAACAUCAGCCUACCACCUCCUCCUACCUUCUCAUUGCUACAGAAGAGAGACCGAGUGAUCUGUUUAGUUCUUGAUGUUUCCCACAGCAUGAAUGGGGAUGAUCGGAUCAAUCGACUGCGUCAGGCAGCAGAAUUGUAUCUACUGCAAGUUGUUGAAGACAGUUCCUAUGUUGGUAUUGUCACCUUCAAUAACGAAGGAGAAAUCAGAAGUCAGUUGCGUCAAAUAGUCAACAAGGACAUACGGAAAGAACUUGCUUCUUACCUACCUACUGCUGCACCUACUGGAGGAACAAACGUGUGUGUGGGUCUGCAGCUGGGAUUUGAGGUGAUUAAAAACCAAGAAGGAAAUAUAUAUGGUUCUGAAAUUAUAUUACUGACAGCUGGAGAAGACAGUGGGAUAAUUGAAUGCUUUUCUAACGUAAUUAACAGUGGAUCCAUCAUUCACACCAUUGCUUUUGGCCCAUCUGCUGCUAAAGAAGUUGAACAAUUAGCCCAUGAGACAGGGGGCUUAACGUUUUUUGCCUCAGAUAGACUGGACUCCAAUGACCUAAUUGAUGGUUUCAGCGCAAUUUCAUCAGGGAGUGGAGAUACUUCCAGUCAUUCCAUUCAGAUUGAAAGUGCUGGUGAAAGGACUGAGAGCUGUAAGCUGUUUAGUAGGACAGUGACGAUUGAUAGCACAGUAGGAAAGGAUACCUUCUUUGUAGUAACGUGGCAGACCGCUGAACCACCAAAGAUCACUCUCCUUGAUCCCAAUGGAAAAAACUACACCAAUAAGGACUUUGAGGUUAAUACAGUGUUGCAGGUAGCUCGUCUCCAGAUUCCAGGAAUUGCAGAGGUUGGGGAGUGGACCUACGCUCUCAUGAAUACUCACCUGUCCCCUCAAGCUCUAACUAUGACAGUGACUUCCCGAGCAGCAAACUCUACUAUACCUGCAAUAACUGUGAAAGCCCACAUGAGUAGUGAUAGAAACGAAUACCCUAGAUCGAUGGUUGUUUAUGCACGAGUCAGUCAAGGACUUUCACCUAUUCUUGGAGCAAAUGUAACUGCCAUUAUCAAACCGGGGACUGGAGAUCCAAUUGUCUUGGGACUUUUAGACAAUGGUGCAGGGUCAGACAUUGUCAAGAAUGAUGGUGUCUAUUCCAGGUACAUCUAUUCUUUUUCUGAAAAUGGCAGAUACAACUUGAAAGUAUGUGUUCAACGAGCUAGCAAGACUGUCAGACCAUACCCCAUAGUGCCAUGGAGUCAUUCUAUGUAUAUACCCGGUUACAUAGAAAAUGGUAAGAUCCAGAUGAACCCACCAAGACCCUCCGUUAUCAGUAAUGAAGAUAUUCAAACCAGAGCCGGUGGCUUCAGCAGAACAGCCUCAGGAGGCUCCUUCAUAAUGUCUGCAGUUCCUACUAGACCCCAUAAUGAUGUGUUUCCACCAUGUAAAAUUAUUGAUCUUCAUGCCAGAACAGCCAACGAUAUGAUUAUUUUAUCAUGGACAGCAUCAGGGGAUGAUCUUGACCAGGGGCAAGCUGCAAGUUACGAAAUAAGAACAAGUGAAAGUCCUCUGGAACUAAGAGACAACUUUGAUAAAGCUAUUCUGGUGAAUACUUCUGAUCUGACACCUCAGCAUGCUGGGUACAAGGAAAUAUUUGUAUUUAAACCAGAAGCUUUUGCAACAGAAAAUAUCACCAUCAUCUAUGUGGCUGUACGUGCCAUUGAUAAAGCUUCCCUGCACUCUGAUGUAUCCAAUAUAGCACAAGCAGUGAAGUUUGUUCUCCCAAUGGAUUAUCUCACUGGUAAUACUGAGUACAGUGUUUCAAGGAUAGCGUUGCUUGGAUUUGGGUUAUUAACAGCAGUUUGCCUUAUUACAAGUACAACCAUAUGUGCUUUAAAGAAAAAGAAGAAAGUGGUUAUCACAGAAACGGCAACAACACUACUGUGACUUAAGGUGAAAGUUUGGAUGAUGUCUACUUAUUUUUCUAGUAGCUGUUUUGAUUGUUUUUUUCAGAAGCUACAUAAAAAUAAUUGCUCUAGUACAGAAAAGGGUGUAUAAAAAUAAUUGUAAAGCCAUAAUGCAGAACAGUAUGAAAUGCUGUGAUUUAGUAGUAGUAUCAUACUGCAUGUACACCGCAUGCCUGAAUGGUCUGGUCCAAUUAAAACUACAUUAUAUGUACUGCAUAUAUACACCCUAAACUCAUGCCACUAAAAGCUUUAUGCCACUUGAUUACAUAUUUUUAUGUAUAUACUAUGAUGAAAAAUCUGUAAUUAAAUUCUCUCAUUAAAUGUCUUAAAUCUA